UUAAUGCACAGAGUGAACACAAAGUUCUUACAUAUGAUAAAUCAGAAGUUCUAAUUACAGUAUCUGCCUAACUAUAUUCCCCAAACAACUUUUUCCCAUGUUUUUCUGGUAAACUUCUAUGUUAAUGAAUUGAGAAAUUUUCUCUUUCACAAUACCCUAAAGUACAUUGCCACAUGUUAAAUCUGGAUUACAAGGAAGCAAAGUCAUAUUGAAUCCAUAUCCAAUAAAUGUCCUGCUAAUUUGGACAAUCUCCAGCUAUAGAACUUUGUGGUCACUCUAAAGUACAAGAAAAUAUUUCUUUAAUGUAAUUGUGCCAUAAACAAAUUUUGUGGAUUUCAACUUGAAAAUUUUAUUCUUCUGUAAAGAAUGGCAAUGACUGGAGUGCUUCCAAAAACAUUUCGAAAGUUAAUGGUGGUGAAAAAGUCCAUAGAUUUUCGAGAAGCAGUUUCAAUCGUAACCACACCAAUGCCUACUUUAAAAAACAAUGAAAUUCUUGUGCAAAAUAGAUAUGUGGGAAUAAAUGCUUCUGACAUUAUUAGAUCAGCAGGAAAAUACAACCUCAGUGAAACUGUUCCAUUUGAAGUAGGAUUUGAAGGAAUUGGCAAGAUUGUUGCUGUUGGAAAUGAUGUUAAAAAGUAUAAAAAAGAUGAUUAUAUUUUAUAUAUACAAUCUGGAGCAUAUUCGGAAUAUAUUGUGCUUCCAGAGAAUGAAGAGUCUGAAGAACUUCCGAUAUCAAGUACUCUAAGAGAACCUAAACCUGAAUAUAUAGCAAUAGCUGGAGCAAGUGGUUUGACAGCAAAACUUUCUCUUGACAAAUGUGGAGAGAUGAAAACAGGAGAAACUGUUCUCAUCACUGCAGCUGCAGGUGGAACUGGACACACAGCAGUUCUUCUUGCCAAACAGAAAAAUUGUCAUGUAAUAGGUACAUGCUCUACAAAAGAAAAAGCAUCAUUCUUAAAAGCACUAGGAUGUGACAGAGUUGUUAUUACUAAAGAAGAAAAAUUACAAGAUGUAUUAACUUCAGAAUAUCCCAAUGGUGUUGAUGUUGUAUUUGAAAGUAUAGGAGGAGAAUUUUUUACUGCUGCUUUAUCAUCAUUGGCAGUUGGUGGCCGUCUCAUUAUAAUUGGAUUUAUAUCAGGUUAUAAAUCAGGAAAUAUUCCAGAAAUAAAUUUGCAAAAUUUACCUCAAAUACUACUAGCUAAAUCAGCUAGUGUGCGUGGAUUUUAUUUAUUUCAUUAUUUUAAGUAUACACGCGAAGCUAUGAAAGAGUUAUUACAUGAAUUUGAAGAUAAAAUAGAUAAAAUCCACAUGGAUGAUGGCAAGAAAACAGGCAAAGAAUUUAUUGGACUUGAAGGCAUAAUUGAUGGAGUGGAAUAUUUGCAUUCAACCAAGAGUUAUGGCAAGAUAUUUGUAAGUUUGUAAAAUUUGAAGAUACUGCAUGUAUUUUUUAUUCUAAUAAUGUAAACAAGAAAUAAAUGAAAUUUACUAAUUUGGAUAACUGGAAAAUUUGAACUUUUUUGUAUGCUAGAAUUGAAUGAACACUGAAUAAAUAACAUUUGAUUUUGUUUGUA